UUUAUAUAAUCGAAAAUCUUUUGCACGAAGUUUAUAAUACUCUAUUAUAAAUGUAUAGGCCAUGCGAAAAUUACAUAAAGUUAAAUCAUGGGGAAACUGUUUCUUUAAACUCUUUUAGACGGAAGUUAACGUUCCAAAUCUACAGCAAUGUCAUUAUAUCCGAUGUGUCAUGCUACAAUACUGAUAGCUGUUAUAUUGCGUCAAGUUUUGGCUGUUGAUGACUGUAACAGCACAUACUCCAGUGGGGUCGGUUUACAGUGUUAUCCUUGUGGACCUGGUAACAUAACGAUUGGAGACUGUGUCGAAAAUUUAACUCGUGCUGAAUGUGAGAAAUGCCAGGAAGGAACGUUUCAAUCAGAAUGUGUUAAACUUACCAACAACGGAACUGUUAGUUGUAAACCCUGCACUGUGUGUGAUGUCUAUGAAGAAAGCUGCACUUUAAUACAAGAUGCAGUAUGUGAAACAGGUGGUAUUACUACCAAACAACUUAUUGCAUUGUUGAUAUUUGGAACAGCAGGUGGACUGUAUGUAGUAAUGCUUUCCUGUUUAGCGAUUGACAAGAUAUAUCGACGAAUGAAACCUAAUAUAUCUGAUGGUAAAACUAGAGCGUCACAAGGCAAUGCGUAUGACCCAGAUCAAAGAAAUGUUUUUACUGUUGAAACAUUUUCCGAAGACAGAUCAAGAAGGACAGAAAAUAUAGGGUUAUCAAACAUCUACCGUCAGAAUUCACCAAAUGGCCUUGAUAGUGAUGAAACAAUACCUAAACAAAGGAUGGACAGAUUGUAACAACAACAACACUUCUAUCAAGUUUCUUUGAACAUUUCAAAGGGGGUAUUCAAUUCACCGGCAUGAUCUCUCCUAGGAUUUUUUCUACAGUGUUCCGUUUGGACAAUCGUGAUUUUUUAUUUAGUCUGUACCCGCGAUGCACGAUGGUACGAUGGUGAAAACGCGAUGGUACGAUGGUGAAAACGCGAUGGUACGAUGAUGAAAACGCUAUGGUACGAUGGUGAACAUCGCGUUUUCACCAUCGUGCCAUCGCGCUUUCACCGUCGUACCAUCGCGUUUUCACCAUCGUACAAUCGCGUUUUAACCAUCGUACCAUCGCCAUUUCAUCAUCGUGUCAUCGUACCAUGGCGUUUUCACCAUCGUACCAUCGUCCAUCGCGGGUAAGGACGAAAUAAACAAUUACUAUUGUCCAAACGGAACACGUAUUUAUCGUAUUUGUAUGAAGAUGUUACCUUGACGAGAGGUUGUACAGAUUUUGUGUGUUGAUAUAGAUUACUAUUAUUUAUAUUGUUAUUUGUGUGGACAUGAUACGUGAAUGUACACAUUGUUUGCAAUGAAGGAUAUAAACAAUAAUAAAGAUAUAAUGACA